CGUGAAUCUACUUUACCACAAGUCCGGUGGACUGCUGUACCAACAUGAGUGCGUCGCAGUCCCCGUACAACCCCGCCAGACGACGAUGAUGAUGCUGACGACAUGGACUAUAUACCCGCCCUGGGGGAAGAUGAGGACGGCGAAGAUGAUGAAGGGGAUGCCAGCUUUCAUGAUGCAGCAGAAAACCUGAGCGGGGUAGAAAUCGAGGUCGAAUUUACCGAGAAUGAUGAUCAAGAGGAGGGGGAUAACGGACAAGAGGCGAGUGGGGCAGCACGUCCUCCUCGGCCAAUAUACAUUACUCGAGAACAGAUAAUGCAACUGCUCGGUCAUGCGGGUAUCAGUCGUAUAUUUGCAUCGGACUACACAUCAAGGCAUCGUAGCCGUCGGUUUGCUGAUAAUGAUGAUGACGGCGAAGAGAGUGAGCCGGGAACUGGCUAUGACCCAAUUGUUCCUAGGAGAAGGAGAGGACGUGGGAGGGCUACGUUCCAGGCAGUGCCUAGCAAUGAGGGAAAGGAGCUGAUGAAUGCUGGGACAUUUGGCUCUAGCAAUCGUCCCGAGGACACCCUGAAGAGAAAAAAGCGACUGGCAUAUAAUAUCAUGCGAAGAGAGUUAGGGCUAGGGAGUGAUGGGCGGCAGAAAAACGCUAAUAGGCUCAUAAGACAAAACAUGAUUCCAGAAUCUGCAGCCGACACAAUCAUUCACUACAAUGCUCGUUGUUACUCUGGGCAAUUCUCGGACGAUGGCAACUUCUUUUUCUCUUGUGGUCAGGACUUCCGAGUGCGCAUGUACGACACGUCUAACCCGUACGACUGGAAGUAUUACAAGACUGUGGCGUACCCUUACGGUCAAUGGACAAUCACAGACGCAUCCCUCAGUCCUGACAACCGAUUCUUAGCGUACAGUUCUAUUCGAAGUAUUGUGUGUCUGGCUCCGACAGACCCUGAUAAUGAGUCGGAUCCGAAUUCUCUAGAUUUCGCCAAUAUUGGAACCCAUAACCCUCGGGGUUUUCAUACCUACUUUGGGAUCUGGUCCAUACGGUUUUCGGGCGAUGGAAGAGAAAUCGUAGCUGGUACAGGCGACAAUUCCGUCUACGUUUAUGACAUUGAGCGACGGCAAUCAAUUCUCCGCAUUCCAGGUCACCAGGAUGAUGUCAAUGCUGUUUGCUUCGGUGAUUCAUUGUCUCCUCAUAUUCUUUACUCAGGAUCUGAUGACACUACCCUCAAGGUCUGGGAUCGCCGAAGUAUGGGGGAUGGAAGAGAAGCUGGCGUGUUCUUGGGUCACACGGAAGGCUUGACAUAUGUUGACAGUAAAGGCGAUGGCCGCUAUGUGCUUAGUAACGGCAAGGACCAAACGGCGAAGCUGUGGGAUCUGCGGAAGAUGAUGAGCAAAGAUAAGGCUGACCAGGUUGAUAUCAAUGCAUACACGACACGCUUCGAAUACCGAUCGAACGCCUACGACGACAACAACUACCGUCCGCACCCCCACGACUGCUCGCUUGUCACAUUCCGAGGCCACAAGGUACUAAAAACGCUAAUCCGAUGUCACUUCUCGCCACCAGGCAGCACAGAUUCUAGAUAUGUUUAUUCUGGGAGUUACGACGGUUCAGUGUACAUCUGGAACCUGGACGCAACACUGGCUGGUAAGGUUGACGUCCUCAAAGCUACGAAGAAUACGCGACCGCGAGAUCCAAACCUCCUGGCAGACACGUAUGAUUAUUUUGGACGUAACGGGGGGACCUGGAUGACUUGCGUUCGUGAUGCUAGUUGGCAUCCGAACGCUCCUGUUAUAGCAGCAACUUCAUGGAACGGCUGGGGCACUUCCCAGGGCACGUGUACUGUGCAUACUUGGAAUGACGGUUUAGACAACGACGAGGCAGAGCCCAAAAUGACAAGGAGGGUAAACGCUCAGCUCCAGCACGAUGAGCGCUUGUAUCGAAGAUUGGCACACAAUUAUGAUGACGAUUGGGAGGACGACUAGACGGUACAUAUGGGAAUCAUCCUAUUGAGUGCAUAAUUGAUGCCAUUCGCGCGUUGUAUAUUGUUUUCGAGGAGACUUUUCUGGCCUAUUUUCUGGGCAGUCUAGAGUGAACAGUUUCGUGAUUAUGGGCAAGAAUAGACGUUCAGGGUAUCGAACGAUUAGACGUGCAUGAUUUCGAAUAGGGUUCUGGCGUAUAUUUUGGAUAUAAUCAAACUC